UAAAUAGAAAGGCGAGUGCGCCUGCGCGCUGCUGCCGGCCCUUGUGAAUGGUGCAGUGUGAGAGAAGUUCAAUUACUCGCGGAGGAAGUGGGAGCUCGAGAAGGGAGGGGGCGGUUUGUUGGAGAGGCGCCGCGAGGCAGGAGGAAGUGAGCGCGUGAGCGGCGGGAGUCCGUUAGAGAGGCGGCGCGGCGCGACCCGACCCGACCCGGGGAGUGCAGACACCCACACCCAGCCCGCCGGAGACAGACGGGCGGAGACUCGGGAAAGAUGCCGCGGGUCGUCCCCGAUCAGAGGAGCAAGUUCGAGAACGAGGAGUUCUUCCGCAAACUCAGCCGGGAAUGUGAGAUUAAGUACACGGGUUUCCGCGAUCGGCCGCACGACGAGAGACAGAUGCGGUUUCAAAAUGCCUGCAGGGACGGCAGGUCUGAGAUCGCUUUUGUGGCGACUGGAACUAAUCUAUCUCUGCAGUUUUUUCCGGCAAAUUGGCAUGGAGAGCAGCGGCAAACACCCACAAGAGAAUACGUAGACUUUGAACGUGAUCCAAGCAAGGUAUUCCUGAAAGCUCCCAUGAUACUUAAUGGUGUCUGUGUGAUCUGGAAGGGCUGGAUUGAUCUCCAGCGCCUUGAUGGAAUGGGCUGCCUGGAAUUUGAUGAAGAUCGUGCACAGCAGGAAGAUGCCCUAGCACAACAGGCGUUUGAAGAUGCCCGAAGAAGAGCCAGAGAUUUUGAAGAUAGGGAACGGUCCCAUCGGGAGGACAUGGAGGUGAGAGCCACGCAGACAGGACCCCAGUCCCGGCACCAAUCUGGGGAGCGGAGAUGAGCUCAAACUACGUUAAAUGUUCUUGGAGCAGCUUCAUCAUAAACCUUUUUGUGGGAUCAAGUAGCUUUCUGGUGAACUGAUGUUUAAGGAAAUGAAGAUGCUAUGGUCUGAACAAGAUUUUUUUUUAAUCCAGCCCCCAACAGCUCCAAGCCUUUGGAUGCCUCAUUCAGCACAAACUGCCAGGGAUUGCACUAUGUCCAUUUACAGUACCUGCAUUUCCUGUUUUAAGCAUGUAACCAGCAGCAAUCUUUGUUUUCUAUGCAAGGCUAUGUUUCUUUUCAUUUGAAUUUUUAGCCCUUUUAUGGUAUUAUUUGUCUUCUCUCAGCCUGGUUUUUUAACCAAAAAAUACAGAAAAUCUAUCAGAAAUUAGGUCAAAGUAUGUUGAAUUAAGGUUUAAAUGGCAGGAAAUCAGAAAUUUAGUUCUGCUUUUUCUGUAAUACAUUCUGUGUCGCAAGUGUGUAAAAAUUCAAAAUCUGUUUGCCUUUGCUUUUCUAAUGCACAGGGAAUGCAUUAUUUGCUUGUCUGCAAUUUUUCAGCUGUGAUUUUUGUAUCAUGUAAAGAGAUAGCCACAUAAGGAAGUAAUUUUUUUCCACAAUUGUAAAAUAAUUGUUGAGAGUAAGGUUAUUGCAGUAUGUUGGAGAGCAGAAGACUCUCCAAGGUAAAGAACAUUCAAUUCUGCUUGUCCUUUCCAUUUUCUGAAUUAAAAUUCAGGCCUUAAUCCAAAUCUAUCAAAUAUUAAUUUUAAUUUCUACCCAGGUUUAGUUUAAAAUAAAUAUGUGCAUAUUUGUUCCAAAUCCAAUUACUUUUUGUUUAUAGGUCACAUCUCACACAGUUUUAUAUUCUAUUGUUACGAAGUUAAAUAUAUAGCCCUGAAUAUGGGGAAUAAAUUGGAUUGGAAAAAAUGUAAAGCAGUGCACAUAUACAUCAUGUGCUGGACACAUGAAAAGUGACCAAAAGAUUUCUGAAGUUCCCUGGUAUAUCAUGUAUUUGGAGAAUUGAUGCUAGUGGCUUUGGUGGCUAUUUUCUGCUUUGCAUUGCUUAAUAAUAUCUUAAUGCUGGCAUUAGGAUUGGGAUAUCUGCUUUCUGCUAAUUAGACCAAACAGUUCAAACCUUUGUUACUGGUGUUAAGUUAUUGAUGCAAUUUAAUAAGUUUUUCCAGUCUAUAUUUAAGUAGAAAGAAUUGCAUCGAAUUGCAUUGUUUCUCCCUCAGGAGUUGCUUUGAAUUACUGAGCUAGCUUUUGCUACUUUGUCAAUCUGAAACAUUUCCUUUUAAAUUACUUUAUUAAUAAAUCUGAAAA